GCUCUCCCCCCUCCCCGGCGUGCGCGGCCCCGUACCCUCCGCCGCACCGCUCUCUCCCGUCCCCUCCUAAUCCAAUCCCAAUCCCAAUCCCCAUCCCCCGAUCGAAUCCCCCCGGAUCGCAAUUCCGGCGGAGUCGGAGGCGGCGCGAUGAGCGUGGUGGGCUUCGACGUCGGCAACGACACCCUGGUCGCCGCGGCGGCGCGGCAGCGCGGCAUCGACGUGCUCCUCAACGCCGAGUCCAACCGCGAGUCCCCCGCCGCCGUCGCCUUCUCCCACAACGCCCGCCUCCUCGGCCCCCACGCCGCCGGCGCCGCCUCGUCGCACGCCCCCUUCUCCAGCAUCAAGCGCCUCCUCCUCCUCGCGGGCCGCCCCACGCUGCUCCCCCGCCGCGGCGGCGACCUCUCGCGCCUCCCCUUCCCCGUCGAGGCCUCCUCCGCGGAUGGAGGCGGCGGCGUCCUCGUCCACGUCGACCACAUCGGCCGCCGCAUCGCGCUCUCCCCGACCCAGCUCCUCGCCAUGCUGCUCGGGUACCUCAGGCAGCUCGCGGAGGCCGACCUCGAGGCGCCCGUAUCCGACUGCGUCAUCUCCGUCCCUUGCUACUUCACGCAGGCGCAGCGCCAGGCCUACCUCGACGCCGCCGCCGUCGCGGGCCUCCGCCCUCUCAGGCUCAUGCACGACCUCGCCGCCACCGCCCUCGGCUACGGCCUCUACCGCUCCGACCUCGGCGGCCCCGGUGGUCCCACGUACGUCGCGUUCGUCGACGUCGGUCACUGCGAUACGCAGGUGGCCGUCGUCGCGUUCGAUGUCUCCGGGAUGAAGGUGCUGUCGCACAGAUUCGAUGCGGACCUAGGGGGAAGGGACUUUGAUGAGGUGCUAUUCGAGCAUUUUGCGGAGGAAUUCAGGGACAAGUAUAAGAUAGAUGUCACUGGGAAUGUCAAGGCAAGCAUGAGGUUGAGGGCGGCAUGUGAGAAGGCGAAGAAAGUGCUAAGCGCGAAUGCGGAAGCAGUGGUCAAUAUCGAGUGCCUGAUGGAGGAGAAGGAUGUGAGGGGGAUGAUCCGGAGGGAGGAGUUUGAGAAACUGUGUGCUGGGCUGCUGGAGAGGGUUGUCGAGCCAUGCAAGAAGGCUAUGGAGGGUUCAAGGAUCGGAUUUGACAGGCUGCAUUCUGUGGAGCUCGUUGGGUCAGGGUCAAGGGUACCUGCUAUUGCUAGAAUUCUUGCAGGGUUCUUCAGAAGGGAGCCUAGUCGCACGCUCAAUGCCAGUGAAUGUGUGGCUCGGGGGUGUGCACUGCAGUGCGCAAUGCUUAGUCCCACAUUCCGCGUUCGAGAAUAUGAGGUCCAAGAUGCAAUUCCUUCUUCGAUAGGAUUUUGCACGAGUGAAGGCCCAAUUUCAACAUUACCAAGUAACGCGCUAUUCCAGAGAGGUCAUCCCCUUCCCAGUGUGAAGGUCGUUACUCUGCAUAAGAACAGCAAAUUUAAACUGGAUGCAUUUUAUGUGGAUGAGAAUGAAUUGCCUCCUGGUACCUCAACAAAAAUUGGUGCUUUCCAGAUUGGCCCUUUCCAAGCACAUACUGAAAAGUCUAAAGUCAAAGUAAGAAUUCGGUUAAAUCUCCAUGGACUUGUUUCAGUGGAAUCAGCUGCUCUGAUUGAUGAUGAUCAAAGCGAUGCACAUUCUGCUGACUCUAUGGAGGUGGAUUCCAAUGGUGAAAUGGGGCAACAGGUUGAUAAGUCAAGAAGCGAAAGGUUAAUCCAAUUGCCUAUUGUUCAGUCCAUUUAUGGUGCAAUGAGUAAUCAGGAAUUGCUGGAAGCUCAAGAGCAAGAAUCACAACUUGCUUAUCAGGAUAAACUCAUGGAGCGGACAAAAGAAAGGAAGAACGCAUUGGAAUCUUAUGUGUAUGAUACUCGCAAUAAGCUUUCCGAGAGGUAUCGGAGCUUUGCAACUGAUUCUGAAAGAGAAGAAAUCUCACUCAGUCUACAACAGACUGAAGAUUGGCUUUAUGAAGAAGGUGAUGAUGAGACUGAAGCAGUUUACAAUAGUAAACUUGAGGAGCUGAAAAGGCUUGUAGAUCCCAUUGAAAAUCGUUGUAAAGAUGAGGAGGUCAGAGGUCAAGCCACAAGGGAUCUUUUGAAGUUCAUUCUUGACCACAAGACGGCUGCCAAAUCAUUACCCACACCUGAGCAAGAGGCUGUUGAUAGUGAGUGCACUAAAGCCGAACAAUGGUUAAGGGAGAGGUCACAACUCCAGGAGUCCCUGCCUAAGAAUGUUGAUCCUGCCCUUUGGUCCCAUGAAAUCAAGAAAAAAGAACACGAGUUGGAUAUGUUCUAUAGAAACAUAGUAAGGUACAAGGGUUCUCCAGCAAGAGCGGAUUCUAGCGGUGGUUCAGAUCACAUGCAUACAACAGAUAGAGACUAGACAUUCCUCGGAUUUCUUAGCUGAACAGCGAUGUCAAGCCUGACAUUUUGUAGCAAUAUACAGAUAAACGAGUUUCUACUAACAGUCUUAUACGAUCCGGCUCUGUACCACACUCAGCCCACCAUUGGGUGCCUGCAUCUCGAUAAUCCAAGCUCGAGGUGUGGUUUUCACUUGAAAACCUACUAAUCAUGAUUGUGUAUUCUUUUCCUGUAAUCGACUCAAGGGCUCAAGGCUGUUUGCGUUUUUCCUUGCGAACAAGGAAUGGAAGAAGGUUGUACGCCAUUGAUUACUUACUUCCAAUGACCACAGGAGUUGUAGCUUUGGGUUUCACUUUCAUUUUGUGCUGAUUCCAUAAAGCUGUCCUGGAAAGUCUAUAUGAUGAGUUUGUAUGGUGUACAUUGAUUGAUCAAAGAUGUUCAAGUUUUUCUUUCCAUAAAA